AUGGCUCCCCACUCAACCACCAUCGACACUGCCCACAUCAAAGCGACCGCUCAGAAAGAACUUCUCGACCUCCUUGUUGCCGUGAGUCCGGCAUCAUCAACCUUGGCCUUUAUGUGGAAUCUCGCUGACCGUCUGUUCAGGUACGUGGGAAGAAGACACUCAUCCUCGAUAAAUCGCUAAGCGGGCCCGUUGGCUUGUUUUGCAAACUUUCUGCUCUACAGGUACGUUGUCCCACCGCCCACGCCUGGGGCGGCCGAGUUAUUGAUAGCCGGACAGGAUCAUGGUAUCGACAAGAUAUUUUGGGUAGAGGAGAAUGUGGUUGCCGAUGUCACGCAGAAGAAUGUCGUAUUCCUCGUACGGUGCACAGUCAGAAAUGCCCUCGCUAUAGCUGGUACGUUACCGGGACCGCAUGAAGAAGUCUCAUUUCCUUUCUGCCCCGCCCCGCAUCACCUCCUGUGGGACAUAAAGUAGGCUGUGCAACGCGCUCUCACAUUGUACUGUCAGUCUUGCUCCCAAGAUUUAUUACGUCUUGAUAUAUUAGCAAUAUAUCGUUCCAGCCUGGACGCUACCACAUACGUUACGGGUGAGGAACGAUCGACUGACAAGCCCACAGCGCAUGUCAAGAGCAAUGCGAAGAUUCCUGGUCAACAAUUCGAAUAUAAUGUCCUGUUCGUUCCCCGGCGGACACUCGUUUGCGAGAAGAUCCUGGAGGAUGAAGGUGUUCUGGGGGACUUGACGAUCGGGGAGUUUCCGCUCCACUUUAUACCCUUGGAGCCGGAUCUCCUCUCCCUGGAGCUUGAAGAUGCUUUCGAAGAACUAUACCUCGUACGUCUCCUUUGAGCAUCUGCUGAGGCACCCCAUCUGACAGAUUUUCCCGAGGCACCACUAGCGCAAGGAUCACACAUCUAUCUUCUACUCUGCUCGCGCUCUUAUGAACAUACAACGUCGGUAUGGGCUUUUCCCGCGAAUAAUUGGCAAAGGGGACUGCGCAAGACGCCUCGCGGAUGCUCUGAUACGAAUGCGUGGCGAGGAAGAUGCUUCGGAUUCCAGUUCUAGCCCCUUUGCUUUGGCGCCAAGUAGUGUUCUUGGCGAAUUGAUUGUGGUGGAUAGGGAGUCUGAUUUUAUGACUCCUCUACUGACACAGCUAACCUACGAGGGUUUGAUUGAUGAGACAAUCGGGAUUCACAACUGUAAUUAUUCUGGGGGUUGGUGGUGUCACUGUGGUUAUGCUAACCAGGGUUCGGGAUACAGCCAAGAUAGAAGUAGACUCUUCGCUCGUUGGGGGCCCUCAGCAGUCAGGCGUUGCCACGGCGUCUUCUUCAUCUGCCAGCCCUGCUGCCGCCUCAUCGCAGCAAAAGAAAAGGCCGAUACCCCUCAACUCGGAAGAUAAGCUCUUUGAGAAUCUUAGAGAUACAAAUUUUGCGAUUGUGGGUAACUUAUUAAACAAAGUUGCUAGGAGGUUGAACGAUGAUUAUGAAGGAAGGCAUCAGGCGAAGACGGUUUCUGAAAUAAGAGAGUUUGUGGGCAAACUGGGGAGCUUGCAGCAGGAGCAUCAGUCUCUGAGGCUGCAUACAGGCCUAGCAGAGGAGAUUAUGAAACAUACCAGAUCAGAUAUCUUUAACAGGAUAUUGGAAGUUCAGCAGAGUAGGUCUUUCAACUCUCAUUCCCCCAUAUCUCACUGACGGUUCGAUAGAUCUCGCAGCAGGAGUAGACCCAUCCAGCCAACACGAUGCGAUAGAGGAACUAAUCGCACGCAACGCGCCUCUUGAAUCAGUCCUCCGCUUGCUCUGCAUUGAGUCCCUUGUUGGCCAGGGACUGAAACCCAAAGACCUGGAUAACUUCAAGCGAGAGAUUCUUCAAGGUUACGGCUACCAGCACGUCCUUACUCUUGCCGCCCUUGAAAAACUCCAGCUCCUCCAAUCUCGUACAUCAAUAACCUCCUCCACCUCAACCCGAACCAACUAUGCCACCCUACGAAAAUCUCUCAAGUUAAUAGUUGACGAAGUAAACGAGCAAAAUCCUGACGAUAUCGCAUAUGUCUACUCAGGAUAUGCUCCUCUCAGUGUCCGUCUCGUCCAGUGCGUUAUCCAGAAACCCCUCAUGACCCGUGGCCGACGGGGAGAAGACCCCUCAACACCUGCUGGGGCUGGUGCUACUGUGAAUUGGGCUGCUACUGGCUGGCGUGGAUUCGAAGACGUGCUUAAAAGUGUGAAGGGAAAGACCUUUGAUGAGUUACAAAGGGGCGAAGAGAAGGCUGUUCGGGCCAGGAACCUACUUAACGGGGCGAACGAGAAGAGAGUUACGGUUGUAUUCUUCGUAGGAGGGUGUACAUUUACGGAAAUUGCAGCGUUGAGAUUUGUCGGGCGGAGAGAGGAGGGGAAGAGGGAGAUUGUUAUUUGCACCACAGGUAUCAUUAACGGCGAUCGGAUGAUGAAGGCCGCUAUGGAGAAACAAUGAAGCAGUUUUGGGGCGGCAAUGGUGAUUUAUGGGGAAUUGGAUCUGCAUACAGUUGAACGACGGUUAAUGACAUAUUUUAGCGGAUGAAAUUUAAUAUCAUGAGUAUCUUGGCUGCGCAGCUCGUCCAUAAGUGGCGUUAGCAGCAGUGUUGCAAGGUGGAAAUCAGCUUUCAGGUGGAUUAGGAGCCCAGCGAUGCAGACUCCUCGGGAGGCUGCAGGAACCCUGCCUCCCUAUGGCAGAGGUUCUUAACGGAGCGUUGGGAGAUCAAAUGCAACCUUUUUUUUCCACAUAAUUGUGGAGUUGGGGUCUCGGAGAUAGAAGGCGUAUGCCCUAUUCAUUCGUGGAAUAUGGGGUGGGCGCAAGAGAACCCUCUGUACAUCUCUAAUAUCUAUGAUGGGUUACCGCGGUAUUGGCUCGAAGUUUAGUGGUUCCUUGAGGCAAUAGAAAGGUGGAGCUCACGGUUUGGCAGUGGCUAGAGAUUUUGGAUUGGGUUAUGAAACGGAACGACCCAUAUCGUGAUUUCCAUUCUGUCAGCUUUAGCGGCCCCCUGUUUGUCAGUUGUUGGUGGCAUCGGCCUUUCGCCGUGUUUCGGAGCCAUUUUAAAUUCAUUGCACUCCCUAACUCGGAUCGUUUCUUCCGCCCUGAUUUUUGGCAUUAGGUUAACCUUUCUCCCAUAAUGCCAUUUACCGCAUCUCUUUUAGUCUCCCGGUUGCUUCGUAGGCCUCCCAAUAUCUCUAAACAGAUCUGAAGUGUUUACGAUGUUAGUUGAUUCAAAUGUUUGUUGAAUCUAGUAC